ACGUAGGUAGUUCAUUGAAUAUUGGUUAGUUAGACAUCUGUCACCAAUUCACCAUGUCUUGUAGGCGAGCUACAGGGAGUCAGGAUAAACAUAAAGAUGGAAACAAAAUUACUUGUGCUGCUAAGGAGUGGAGCAACAACCGACGGUGGAGCUAUCUUAUCGAGGACGCAGACAACAUGUGCUACGCAGUGGGCGGAUGCGCCGGCGCAGGUCCCGCGGCCACAUACGUGGCUGCGGCGCUACAGUUCUUCGCUGCCUCCCAGUGUCUCUUGCAAGAGUCGUACCCAAGACAGGCGCAUGUCACAAACGGGUCCCACUACGACUUCAUCGUAGUGGGCGGUGGCACGGCAGGCUCGGCGUUGGCAGCGAGACUGGCCGAGGAGAACCGCUUCAGCGUGCUGCUGCUAGAAGCAGGACCGAACCCUCCCGAGGAGAGCAUUGUACCGGGCUUAAGAGAAACCUUAAAAGAAACACCCUACGACUGGAACUUCACCACCAUUGAUGACGGUGUCACGAGUCAAGCGCUGGCGAGCCACGUCCAGAGACAGCCGCGAGGCAAGAUGCUGGGCGGUAGCGGCUCCCUCAACGACAUGGUGUACGCGCGGGGACACCCCGAGGACUACUACGAGUGGGCUGAUAUCGCAGGCGACGUCUGGAACUGGACUAACGUGCUGGACUACUUCAAGAGGACUGAGCAUAUGACGGACAGCAAUAUCAUUAGAAACAAGGAGCUCAUGCGGUACCACGGCAUUGGAGGAGCCAUCGAGGUGUCAGGAGCCCACUAUCCACACAGCCCCAACAGCAAGCUGAUGCAAGCUUUCCAAGAGUUGGGUUUUGCCGCAGUCGACGACAUGACGUACCCGUACAAGAUAGGAGUCGGCAAGUUCUCCCACACCAUCAGGGACGGACGCAGAGACAGCUCGUUGACAGCUAUGCUGAAUAAAGUUAAAUCCGGUAAGCUCCACGUAUUGAGGAAUACAUUUGCUACGAAAAUUUUGUUCGAAGGGAACAAGGCGGUCGGGGUCCAGGCCGACUCGGAAGGGAGAAACUUAUUUGUUUACGCGAAACACGAAGUAAUCGUGUCGGCUGGCACGUUUAAUACGCCCAAGCUGUUGCUACUGUCGGGUGUGGGCCCGAGCGAUAUCCUCAACCAGUUCGACAUCGAUGUCGUCCAAGACCUACCCGUAGGACAAGGUCUGCAGGAUCACGUCAUGGUCUUAAACUUCAUGACUGCUGAACGCGGGACUUGUAAGUUAAGCGAAAGUGAUGGUUACUUCAACGUGAUUAAAUACCUGUACAACGGCUCCGGGACUUUGUCUUAUUCUGACAGUAUCGGCGCGUACCUGCCUCAGAAGGACAAAGAGGCCCACGUACCUUACUUUGCUAUCUACCCGUCCUGCAUCCCGGCCGGACAAAUGACCAGUAACCAGUGCGUGCGAGGCAUUGGGUUCACGAGUGAAAUAUGUGAAAAGUUGCAAAAGGAAAACGAGAUGCAUGAGCUGAUAGUGGCGGCCGUGGUGCUACUGAAACCGCAGUCCCGCGGUAAUGUCACGUUGAAGUCUUUAAAUCCGGACGACGACCCCGCCAUUUACUCUGGCACUUUUGACGACGAAGCUGACAUAGAGGGAUUCCCGGAUGCUAUCGAGAAAGCGGUAUCCCUAGUGAACACGACACAUUUUAAAAAGCUGGGCGCGAGAGUGGUGGACCUCACCCCGGAGAGCUGCCGCGGGCUGCAGGAGCCACAGCGCACGCGCUGCUCGGUGCGUGCGCUGGCGCUGGCGGCGUGGCACGCGGUGGGCACGGCGCGGCUGGGCGCGGUGCUGGACGCGGAGCUGCGCGUGCGCGGGCUGGAGGGGCUGCGCGUGGCCGACGCCAGCGUCAUGCCCACCAUGGUGCGCGGGAACACCAACGCGCCGGUCGUCAUGAUCGCUGAGAUUGCCGCCGACUUCAUCAAAAACCAAUACAGAGACAAGUAAUUCUUGUACAUAGUGGAUGAGGUAGGAGAAGAUUUAGGUACAUAGGCACCUCCCGCAACUGACGUAAACCAUUAAUAAAAUUUGACGAAGUUUAAUUAAUAUAGUAUAUGUAUGGUACUUUUAUGAAAGCAGCAGUAGUUUAUCUACUUUAUAUAUUAGUGAAUUAUUUGACAUUUAUUGAAAAAAAUAUUAGUUUUAUAUUUAACAUUUUACUUAGGUAAAUAUUGCAAGUACCUGUAUUGUAUGAAUAAUAUUCAUAUUUAAUGACGUGGCGUGUAUGUGUAACGAUACUUCAGUACCUGCGUUAAUAAUUAAGUAUGUAAAGUUGUAAGUGGUUGUGAUAGUAUCGAGGACAGUAAUCUUAGUUUAGUCACACAGUCGGCUGCGGUGCUGUGCAGCGAGCGUGGCUGGUGUAGCACGAGCUGCACGAGCUGCACGAGCUGCACUAGCUGCACGGAGACUGCAGGCGGCUGGUGUUCCCAGCUACGAUAUAAUGGUACCUGCCACCUACGCGUGUUAUUAAUGAUAAGGUUAUAGUAGUGAGAGUACGAAGCGAAAGUACUUGCCGAUGUGUUAGGGUCACUUUACAAGGAAGUUCAAUACGUACAACAUGACUUUGCUAACAACAUUUAAUAAGGCGCCACACCACAGCCCGGUACCCGCGCAGAUUCUGUAAAGUACCAACUACCAACCGCCAAGUAGUUACUGUGACCACAUGCUCGGCCAAGUACACCAGACUGACGUCUCGUGCGCAGUGACUGAGUGGCCACGUGGUGACGAGUGUAUUGUGGUAGUAACCACUGCACUGUACCGGUCUGUGUGGGAGUGCGACGUACACUCUUUGGUUGUUGUGCGCAUUCAAUCUUCCUAUUAUUCCUAAUAAAUCAAUGUGGAUGAAAUAUUAUAUUCCUAUUGUUCUUAAUUCUAAUAAAUUGUGUGCUACUGACUGUA